AUGCCAGUGGAACCUGACGAGGACGAGUUCGAGGUGGAGGAGAGCGCGCCCGUGCAAGUGGCCAUGUCCCCCGAGCUCGCCAUGGUGCGCGGCCCGCACCACCCCGCGCAGCCCCGCGCCGUCGACGACAUGGACAUCGGCUGGUCGUCGGGCUUCUCGGACAACGUGUUCGACUCGGGCGACUCGGACGACAAGGCGGACAUGGAGAGCGAGACGGCCGCGGCCGACUUCGAUCAUAACAUGGACGACGUCGGCGGGGACGACGACAGGCACGCGGAGCAGAGGGACGACGUGGACGAUGACGUGGACGACGUCAGGGACACUGAGCAGGACCACGCCGCCACCGAAGUCAACGGAGCUGGCCACCCCAUGCUGGUUCGCAAGGGCCCCGCGGAGCGGAUGUUGCAGCGCAGCCGUUCGGGCCCCGCCAGCACUGACCACGACGAGGACGAGGACUCGCCACGCCUCAGCGCCAUCCUCGCGUCCGGAGGGCACGUGUUCGCCCCGGCCGCGCCGCCCGCCCCGCACCCGGCCGCCUUCGGCGCCAAGGACCCCGACAGGCUGGAGUCUGGGCGCAAGGCCCCCGUCGUGCUCGAGUUUGGGCACGAGCUGUCGGGGUACACGGUGACGCGAGAGCGGGAACAGAAGAAAUGGCGGAGAUAGGCAGUCAGGAACGGAAUAGCUAUUUCCCCCGAAAAGUCUCCGACAGUGUUUCUGCAUGUCCACAGCAGCCCACGUUAGCAGCGGCCCCCAAUCAAAUAGUAAUUUACUUGAUACUAGCACAACCCUGGCCCAGGCGACGGAGUCUGUGCGGUAGUCAAAUUCAAAUAUCCCCGCCAAGGGGGGCCCCAUUGCAGUACGUAAGAGGGGCCGAUAGAUGGCGUCACGUCGUAUCCGCGUGACCAGUUUUGCUCGUUGAUCAUACCGGGUCUCUCGAGACCUGGGAGGCCAGUUAUUCCCUCUCAAGUGAUCCUUCUAGGUUUAACGGGAGAUGAUGAAUGGAAAAUCAAGCAUGUGCUUGACGCCUGAGUCCUACUUGUUACGACUUAUCAGGCAAAACCCAUCUGAUCCUUCCUA